AUGCCCCCGGGAUUCCCCGCGCUCCGCCGACUCUUACUCCUCCAGCGCGACGUCCCGAGCGCCGCGCACUUCUACGAGCGCGCCCUGGGCGCGACGUGCGCCGUGUGCACCGAAUCGUACGCUGAGAUUUCCUUGGCGAAUCCCUCCAGCGGUUCUCCCGAGGACGAUUCCGCGCCGGCGUUAGCGCUCCAACGCGCCGAGAGCGAAUCGCAGCUCACGCCGGGGUACACCCCGAUAUUAGUCUUCGAAGUGGCGGACGUGAACGCGCGCGUGAACGCGGCGUUGCGCGCCGGGGGACGAUUGGACGGGAAGAUCGCGUACGACGCGCGCGGCGCCACGGCGUGCGUGCGCGCGCCGGACGGACACGUGAUCGGGUUGUUCCAGCGCGCGGAGUGA